CGAUUAUACCAGGCUUCAAGAGUGGAAGAGCACAGAAAGCGCCAGACGCCUACUACUCCGUCGAAUUCCGCUGCCUAAGGAUAAAAGUAGAGCGCAGCAGAGGAACGAGAGGAGGCGGAACAAAAGAAAACGCGGCCGAGUCGAUCUUUCUCCAUUAUCAUCUGGAUCGGAGCGGGACAGCGGAGAAGAUGAAGAUGAAGAGGAUCGUCGUGGGGAGCAAGAAGGCAAGCGACCACGGCAUACUGUUCAAACUGAAGGUGGAUCUUCACAUGCGCAUCCUGGAUUGUUGUAUCCGCAAGAACCACUUCUAGUACCGCCGCAGCAGCAAUUAUAUGGAGCGCAUUUUCAACACUUCGUUCCAG